GAAGAAUUUUUUUUUCUACUGAGUCGAACAUUGAAUCAAAGUGAUGAUGAUCAAGUUCGUGCUCUUGUGUUCAUUGACACUUUGGUCAAGUGAGGGAGUUUUUGGUGUAGAUAGUAUAAAAGGGACUUUUUUCGCUGACAAAGCUGAAAAUGGCGGCUGUCAAAUGCCCAUAGCCAGCUAUCGUAUUACCGAUGCCAUAGCAUUAGGACAAGAGACGAAUUUGGGACCACUCAUUUGGAGACAGGGCUUAUGUGGACAAGUGUUCGAUAUUGACUGUGGCCAUGGUAUGGUGUCCGCUGUCGUUGUGGACACAUGCAAUUUGAACACGAAAAAUUGCGGUAUCGAUAUGAUUAAAAAGACUUGGGACAAAGCGACCGGAAACCAGCCACCAGACGUUGUCAAAUGCAAAGUUACACUGUCCAAAGCUAAUCCGUUGAAUGACAAAGAAAUGGUUUGCUAUCAUCGUCCCGACUCAGACAUUGGAAACGAAUAUUUCGUAAUGGUCGGUGUGCUGAACACUAACGGCCGAAUACCAAAAAGUGCAGACAUCGAUGGCCGGCCAAUAACUCGGCAAAAUAAUGAUGCUUGGUUUGUUUUCAGUAGUGGAGGCAAACCUCUAUUCCAUGAUUCAGCGGUCGUUAAAUUUACAUUCGAAGAUGGUGGUAGUGUGAAAUUUAAAUUGAGCGAUUGCAAAAAUGGUGGCGACUCCGUGCAGGUGUUUCAAUAAGAUGCUAACGGAGAUGAAAAACAUUGAAGAAACAUGUCAAAUAAAUUACAUUUUCUUUCCAAAUCACACAGGAAGCUAUGUUUUUUUAAUGUAAAACUUCAAACUUCAAAAACUUCAAUCAAUAAUCUCACCAAAAAAUAAUUUUUUUGACCGAACUCAAAAAUAUGGUGUUCUUUUAAAGUUUAUGAACUUUUUCUUGGAAUUUCUUAUUGAUUUACGAAGAGUGAGCUUAUGAGUUCAUUGUUGUGCCAAAGCAAAGCAAAGCCAAUUGUUUGAAAUACCAAAUGAUAAAGAGGCGUACAUCAUAUAGUUUAAUCAUCAUUAUUUCGAUGAACACUCGAAAAGUUAAGAAUGCUUAAUCAUUGCUAAGCAAACAGAUUUUGGUUGGAAAUGUUAACGAAAAUUGGCAUGUGUUCUGAUGAUGUGCGAGUUCUUCUCCGAUUUCCAAUUUCCAAUUAUUCGAGUGGAAAUUGUGAAAUGUGACCGUAUUUCGCCAAUUAUAUAGACAUCAAGUGGAAUGGCAGGCAGGCGGCAACACAGCCGACAAACAAAAACCAAUCGCAUGGAAAACCCGGCUCUUCUUAUAGCAAUCAUAAAUCAAGGCGCCAUCAAUCAUACUAAUAUAUCGAAUAUCAACAUCUUAAAUUUCGUUUUGUGAAACGAAAAGAACGGACGAAAAAAACGAUUUUUGUCUUAAAUACUAGAGAUUCUCGUGAAAAAAAAAAUGUUUUCAUUCCAAUUCCGAAAUGUUUCAAACAUUUCUUUCUUGUGUUUUCAUUAAAAAGUUCAACCAAAACCGCAAAAAAAAAUCAUAAACACAGGGAUUGAUUUUUGUUUUCUGCGGUGCGUGGCGCCGGCUUCAUUGUCAAAAGCCAAAAAUGUAAAAUUGUUCGAUUUUUCGUUUGCUUUCUUGUUUGAGCGACAAAGAGUGUGUUCACUUUUUACAGACAUCAAAACCAUUUCUGAAUGUGUCAUUCGUCCACUUACGUUAAAUGCUUAUUCAUGUCAAAUUGAUUUUCAUUCUCCUCAAGCCUGCACCCAAAUGAGCUUUAAAUUGACGUUGUCACACAAAAUACGGUGUUCAAUCAAUUACCGCAUGCGAAAUGAAAAAAAAAACCAACGAUGUCAUUACUUAAUCCGCUUUAAUGGAAUCAAUUGGUGAACAAAGAAAGAAAAAGACGGCAAGAACGCAGCGACGAUAAAGAAGUAAUUUCGGUGUGCUAUGGCUUCGGGCGGUAGCCGUCGAGUGUGGCAUUCUCCAGUCAACAACAGUAGAAGAAGACGAAAACGAAAGAAUCAAUGAACAAAUGCAGAAAAAAAUUACGACCAUUUUUCAAAAGAAAUCGCAAUUACACGAAUGCGACGGUAUUAAUUUCGAAGUGAUAUCGUUUGUCAUCGUGUAAGCUUGUUUCGGGCUCCGCAUACCGACACACACAUAAACAUGUGAACGAGUCAAAAAUGAAUUUCGGCAAACAUUUGUAUUGAUGGAAAGAUUUAACGUCGAAAAAGAAAUCGUCGUUUGCGAAUAAAACGAUUCGUUUGUUCUAGAAAACGGCUCAAUCAUCUUCUUAUUCAUCAUUAAGACGAAAGCAAAUUGGCAUCAUUUUUUGCAAACGAUUGACUUUCUUCUGCUUAUUUUCACCUUUUUCUCAUUCGUUUGCAUCAGAAUCAAUUGGUGAAUCAUUAAUUAUCGCUGAGCAUAUUGCUUCCCCCUCCAAAUGUUCGGUGACACUCAACUGGAAAUUCCAAUUCGGAAUCUCAUUGAGUCAACAUACUACACCACUGACCGAAUAAAUAAACUAAAUUGGUCAAAGCCAAGAACAAGGCAUUCGAAAUUUGAGCACGUUAUUAGUAUUUGAUUAUGAUUAUACAUGCAGACGAAGUAAGAACGAGCCACACGAAUAUAGGUAAGUAGUGGCAAAAGGCGCAACAAAAGCCAAAUGCAGAUAUUCAGACGGGCAAAAAUACGGAGACAAUGAAGAUGAACGCGUCGACGAUAACAAAAGUUCGAAUUAAAAGAAGAACAAAUAAAAACGACUAAGAACGGAAUGGAAUGAAAUGGAAGCAAACACACAAGAGGAAAGUCCCGCUGCGAAAUACACAUAAUAAUAUAACGACCGAAUGAACACAAAGUGUAUACAUAAUUAAUUGAUUUGAAGAAUAAAAAAGUGUGCACACAAAUACACACACAGAAAAA